AUGACAUGGGCCAUCGAGCUAUCCCUAUAUGAUCUGAGCUAUGAACCCCGACACGCGAUUAAGGCUCAAGCAAUGGUGGACUUCCUAGUGGAAGUAACCGGAACCGAGGACACGGGCACACGGUGGAGGCUCCAUGUAGACGGAGCUUCCAACCAGACGUCCGGAGGUGCCGGGAUCAUCCUAGAAAGCCCGGCCGGAGUUAUUUACAAACAAUCGGUUAAGUUCGACUUUCCCGUAUCGAACAACCAAGCAGAAUACGAAGCCCUUCUGGGGGGCUUGGUUCUAGCUCGGGAAGUCGGGGCCACGAGGUUGGAAAUAUGCAGCGACUCGCAGGUCGUCACCGCGCAAGUAAAUGGAAGCUACCAAGCCAGAGACUCGCUGCUGCAAAAAUACCUGGAAAGGGUCAAAGAGCUGGGCAAACAAUUUGAGGAGGUCACGGUCCAACACGUCCCAAGGAAAAGGAACACACGAGCAGACCUCCUAUCCAAGCUGGCAAGCACGAAACCUGGAACCGGCAACCGCUCCCUCAUUCAAGGCAUCACGAAAGAGCCUGCAGUCGCUCUACACCUGACCAAGACGAGCCCCUCCUGGAUGGACCCCAUCACUGAUUUCUUGAAAAACGGCAAACUCCCUAGGGAUGGGAAGGAAGCCAAAGCGUUGAGAAGGGAGGCUGCCAAGUACACGGUCAUACAGGACCAACUAUUCAAAAAGGGACUCAGCCAACCUUUACUGAAGUGCCUACACCCCGACCAGACGGACUACGUGCUCAGAGAAGUCCAUGAGGGAUGCUAUGGCCACCAUAUCGGGGGCAAGGCCCUAGCAAGGAAGCUCAUCCGAGCUGGAUAUUACUGGCCGUCAAUGAUGAAUGACUCCAGAGAAUUCGUGAAAAAAUGCACCAAGUGUCAACAGAACGCCAACUUCCACAGGGCGCCAGCUUCUGAGCUAAGCCUGCUGACGUCCUCCCGACCUUUCGCACAAUGGGGAGUCGACCUCUUGGGGCCCUUCCCGGUUGGCCCAGGACAAGUCAAGUACCUCAUAGUUGCCGUCGACUACUACACCAAAUGA